GUGCUUCUUGACAGUUUGUGUUUUCGUUGUCAAAACAUGGAUGUGAGUAAGAUAAUCGACUCUUUUGUCUGCUUUUGCAUCAUAAGAUGUAGCAUCACCCUAUGUGAACAUUAAAAGAGAACUUUACCUUGCAUUAAAAUCUGGAAAUUGACAUUUAGUGCUUUGUUUUUCCCGAGUAAAAAAAGGUUAAGCCCAUUUUAGCCCACCUACGGAGCUCCUUUUGUCUCCGUGUUGUUUUUAUCAACAUGGACAUGUACGGAUACAGCGGGGUCUUCUUGGUGAGAAGAUUCCUGGAUAAUGGCGUUUCUGAAGUCACAAACAUGUCUGAUAUCAACAAGGCGAAUCCCCACGGCUGCGAUAACGGAGCUCUAACGGACAGAUUCGGAGUCUUGAUCCAGGGACUGCUGGCUAUCGUUGCCUUUAGUACGCUGAUGUUGAAAAGGUUCCGAGAGCCUUCAGGGAUCAGACGACCUUGGAGAAUCUGGUUUUAUGACACAUCAAAGCAGGCCAUCGGUGCUCUUUUCAUCCACUUUGCUAACGUCUUCCUGUCCACGCUCACUGAAGAGGACCCAUGCUCCCUGUAUCUGAUGAACUUCCUGCUGGACGCCACGCUGGGGAUGCUCUUCCUCUGGCUGGCCGUGAAGUUGGUGUCCAAACUGGUGGAGGUCAAGCAGUGGACGCUGCUCAUGUUUGGAGAAUAUGGGGACCCCCCCCAGGCGGCAGCGUGGCUCGGUCAGUGCGGCAUCUACCUGCUCAUCAUGGUGCUGGAGAAAGGGGUGAUCAGCCUUGUGCUGCUCGUCCCCGGAUGGUCCAAACUGCAGGAGGUGUUGCUAGGCUACAUUGCUAGUCCUCAGCUGGAGCUGGUGCUGGUCAUGCUCAUUGUGCCAUUCAUAGUUAACUCCAUCAUGUUCUGGGUGGUGGACAGCCUGAUGAUGAGGAAGUACAAAACGAUGAAGAGCCUGGACGACUCCUGUGACGUGAAGAAGGGUGACAUGCUGCCCUGGGCCAACAGCGAGGAGUCACGGGUGCUGCUGAGCGUGGAGACGGACACAGACGAGGCUUCGGAGGGGGAGGAAGACGAUAGCGGACCACUUCCUCACGUGCAGUAUUCUGGAGGACCGCUGAGGCCCAGUUGGGUGGUGGUGUAACCCCAGGUGACGCUAUCCACACACAACACACUCUUAAGAGCCUAAAUAUGAGCAAACCCAAAACAAACCUGGCUUCCUUAACUCCUCAAAGCUCUAAAUAUCAGCUUCCAGGUAAGAGAAGGCACAAUUAAAGGUCGUAUAACCUGUGAAUGGGAAGCCUCAGCUGCCUUCCUCUGCUCUGAGCUUUACUCAGUGUAUGCAUGUACAUCUUAUAGCAUUUUUUGGAAGCUCUUCAUCCUCUCACCUUGCUGCCUCUGUUUGCUGCAAGAGAACAUCUGAGUAACCACAACUGAGCGUGUGUGGAGAGAGAUUAUCAAGGAGGGCAGCGCCGCGGGGGGUAAUGACAAAGACUGAAAUAAAUCUAUCUCCACGCUGGGGACUUUUGGGAUUGAUGUUGCCCUAAAGAGAAUAAUUUAUCGUGUAUCAUAUUCCAAAGAAGAGCAGGUGAGCAAAGUAUUCAUAUAUAACAUUUCACUCUGUCAAAUAUAAUCACUUUAAUCCACCUUUUAAUUAAGGUGUGAUUAUAGUCAUUCCGGCGUGCUCUCCCUCCGGCUGUUUACUUUUAGUUUAAAAAAAGAGGUUAAUAGUUUUAACGAUAAAACCUAUGAAGCCUAUGUGGAUUUGUGUUUGGGUGCUGCAAUCAUGAAGGACCAAACAUGUUGAAAGCAGUGGUUUUAUGGAAAAACGUAGCCUUAUCCAACAGGUUGCUUUUAAACAUUUUUUAUAUAUGUCGAAGGAAAUGUAAUCAUCUUUAAAAGGUUUAAAGGACCAGGUCACACUAUGUGCUGCAUUUAUGUUCAUAUCUGGGAAGAAACCCCCUAUUGCUUUUGAAUAAUGUAGGGACAUUUUGCCAAAAAGCUAGAAAUGUUUUAAAGAAAAGAAAAUCCCAAUUUGACAAGGAAACAUUGGGAUUAUAAAGUCAUAACUGCACGAGACAAAUGUCAUGAUUCUUUAGGGGAAAUCAUUCUGGAUCUUUCUAGAAUAAUGUAAUAUUUCAGCGUCAGUUCCCUGAAUGUGAGGUACAUAGGGGACUAUAUCUUGGCUUUCUGAACUUGCUACGUUUGUAAAGAAGCAGGCUAGCGGUUUUCCACGGUUUACAAUCUUUAUGCUAAGCUAACAAACUUCUGACUGUCACCACAUUUCUAACUAUCAGAUAUGCCAUAUAGAUGGUAACAGUCUUUGGCAAGAAUGCAAAUAAGCAUAUUUCUUUUAAAACAUUCUUUUUUUUAAAUGUAUGUUUUGUUAGAUUUUAUUUUUUAAAUCACACCUCUAACAUUUCCAACUCAUUUCAAAGUAUUCAGACUUUAUUCUUAAAAUCUCAGAUUUCUUCUGCAUUAAGAAUUGCCCUAAUACUUGUAAUGCUCUCAGUGGGAUCAUACUGUAGCUGUGUAUUAAACUCUUGCAAAUUAUUGCACAUUUAUUGCAUUUAUUCUGUUUAUAUUUUGUAUGUAUUCUACAGUAAAUUGUGGUUCGACAUGUGGUAACAACAUUGGACGUUUUUUUGUGAAUAUCCAAAAUGGUAGUAUUUUAAAAGGUGGAAAAAUAAUUCUCCUGAACACAUUUACGUCUUACAAGCCAAAAGGUAUGACAUACUUUGGCUGAAUGUUUUAUUUUGUAUUCCAUUGUACCUUGUGUAUGUUUUGUAAUAAACUAAAUGAUGAACAUGUGUAUGAAAAGGCACGCCCUGUCAAUAACAGAAAGUGCCGAAUGAAUCUCUUUAAUCUGCUCUGUGAAUAAAGAUGAUUGACACAUGA